GGGUGAGAACACAGCGCGACAACGCCGCGUUGAACGUCAAUCAUCUGACUGUGCAUACCACUAACCUCACUUUUCUGCAAGUUUUAUUGAUAUUUUUCUAUUAAAUAACAAUAGAGUUUGAAUAAAAUGGCACAAAUCAGGCAGGAUUUACCGCCUGCUGGCGGCUACGGACCCAUCAACUACAAGAGGAUGCCCAUCAAGCCACUUUUAAGCGGGGCUGCACUGAUUGGUGGAUACCUGGGAAUAACCGCGGGCUCGCUCUAUCUCUACUACCUGAAUUACAAGUCGGUUUUCAACCGAGAACUGGAGGCAAGGGGGGCCAGUCUCGCCUUGUUUCCUAUGCUGUUGGCCGAACGCGACCGCGCCUAUUUGAAGCAGCUUCGAAUCAACCGGGAGGAAGAAAGGGAACUGAUGAAGAACGUGCCCGGCUGGAAGGUGGGAACGUGGUAUGGCGAGCCUAUCUACCUGGGAGGAGAUCCUAACAAAUUCGUCGACCCCCGAAUCCAGGAAUACUACGUGCAUGCGAACUACAAGGAGAUGGCGAAACGAUGCGAAAUGAGCUUGUGGUCCUGAAUUGGUAGUCUUCGGAUAAAGCAUGUAUGUAUAGGAAAGCCGCUUAGCUGGACGUAAAUGUUUAAUUAAUAAAGAUCGUUUCCGUAA